CACAUCUUAAAUGCGGUGAAAUACAAAUGAGUCCUAAAACUUAGUAAGAUAAAAAAAUGAGUGCCGGGUCUCAACUCAGGCAGGCAGACAGAGCCAGUUUCACUUGGCCAAAAUCGCAACGGAAAGUUCAAACUUCAAAGACAUACUCAAGGUUUUUUUGUCUGAAAAUCUACGAUUCCUUUAAAAAGAUCAAAAACAGCCGCCCUACCACUGCAACAAACCUAAAAUUCUUUGUAAUUUAAGCCAAACUCUAACACCAAUUCCGUCUAUCUAGUCGUAGAAAUUCCAACGUAUAAUUCUAUCAAAAUCGAAAAUCCCAUCGUUUCUCACCAUCCGAACAGGCCCUUACCCUCACCGGUGGGAAAUGGAGGAAAACGGCAGCAGAGCUGAAGCCAUACGCCUUCUAGGAAUCGCCGAGAAGCUUCUCCAAAACCGUGAUUUCAAUGGCUCAAGAGACUUCGCAAUCUUAGCCCAAGAAAACGAACCCCUUUUGGAUGGGUCAGAUCAGAUCCUAGCCGUUGCCGACGUCCUCCUCGCCACCGAAAAAAGAAUAAACAACCACCACAAUUGGUACUCCAUCUUACAAGUGGAUCUUCGAUCCGAAGACAACGAUCUCAUCAAGAAACAGUACCGUCGCCUAGCUCUCCUUCUUCGCCCCGACAAAAAUAAGUUUCCUUUCGCCGAUCACGCGUUUAAGCUCGUAGCCGAUGCAUGGGCCGUUUUAUCUAACAGCUCGAAAAAAUCUCUUUACGACAAAGAGUUGAGCUUGUUUACGAGGAUUGAUUUAAGCAGUGCCGGCGAUCGUUCGAAUCAAGCCGGGAAUUUAGCGGUCACGAGAAGAGGGCAAUAUCAGGAUUGCGUGCAACAUCGCACGCCGAAUUCGAAGACGCAAAACGAGAAUCCAAGGUUAAGAUUGUCAACAUUUUGGACAGCAUGUCCAUACUGUUAUAGGUUGUUUGAGUAUCCAAGGGAUUACGAAGGUUGUUGUUUAAGGUGCCAGAAUUGUGAGAGAGCUUUUCACGCGGUUUUGAUUCCGACUUUGCCGCCGUUGGUUCCGGGAAAAGAAGCGUAUUAUUGUUGCUGGGCGUUUUUCCCGUUAGGGUUUGUGUCUGGGGGUCAGGAGGGUGGAGGAAAAGCUCCGACCGGGUUUCCGAAUUGGAUGCCUCCUAUGUUUCCAAGACUGCGGCAGGAGAGUGAAAGAAAUGGAGAUAGUGUGCCAGCUACGCCACUGCCAGCGGUUGCUCCUAAGACCACCACGAAGAAGGUGGUAGAAAGUAGGAAUAAUGUGGCAGGGAUUUCGGGUGGGAAUGUGUCCAAUUCCGGCCCAAGGAAGAGAGGGAGGCCGAGGAAGAAUCCACUGUGAGGUUUUAUAGGUAAGGCAAUAUGGUUUUCCUAGCUUUGGUUUAGAACGAACCUGACUGUGAUGCAGGAGUUUUCGAGGCAGAUACCGAGGAUUAUGAUGAAUGGAGAAGGAAGGAUAGAAAUGAGGCUGAAACUUGCUAUGUUUGGGGGAAUUUUUUAGUAUUGUUGUAGUUGUUGUUAAUUAUUUUGUUUGUAGAUUAUAGGUUGUUUUCAUGUACUGACUGGCAGAUAGGUGAUUAUGUAACAUUAUCAUAUACGCAGUAAUGUCAAGCCUGCAAAUUCUUUCACCAUUGAUUUUGAGCAAUUUUACUUCUUGGCAUUUGAUUGAAUCGGUGCAUUUUCUAGUCAGUUUCUUGGACUAAAGGUGAUCUUUUCAUCUUCCUCUGUCUUUUAGGAAAAUAUGGCUAAAAUUCACCGAUGUUGACAGGAACUUUUUCCCUGCAAUUGUGAAAUAGGAGAUGGUUUAGAACACUACCAUAAUUGUUGUCAUACGCAGCAGUACUGGUUGUUUGUGUACGUUUCUCAUAUUGCAAUUGAGAUAUUGAUUCAUUCCUCAUUUCAUAGAUUAAAUUAUAUUGUUGGACUGGUGCAUCUUCCAUGAUUCUAAUGACAAACUGCAGAAAUGUUAAUUAUAACAGCAGUGUUUGAAUAGCCAAGGAGCUUUCCUUGUGUUGCUGUGAAUUAUUGUUUAGUUGAUGAGUAGAGAUAGGUGUAGCAGGUGAAAGUUAGACUGUGAAUUCCACAGGCAGGUAACCAGGUAAUUAAUUUUUGGGCCAUUGGGUGUCGGGUUUUAGUUUCAUUUGUUGACAGAAAAGAUGUAUUCUUUAAUUUUCUUUCAUUUCACUUUCUUUUCUUUUCAUGCUAACCAAACAAAAUGUAAAGGUGGAAUCUCAUUUCCAGUGUCUAUCAAGAUUUAGAUUUGCAUAUACAAUCACUUAAAAGUUUUGAUCAUUUAAUUAUUUGGGUUUAUGACAUUCAUCAUUAACCCUUGUUGAGGUAACAUUUUCUUUCUAAAUCAACAUUUCUCUGAACUCUGUUGAAAUUGAAUGUGCAGAGUAAACUGUCGUGUAUAUGUAAAGACUGUCAUGUGCAGUGAAGUUAUUAUUUUUUUUUGGGGUUUUACUCGACCCAUUAAUGAAAUCUGUUAAAAGAAUAUAUAUUAUUUAGAAAUCCGUUUUAAUGCUGAUUUUUCUUUUUCGUGGCAAAUUUUGCUGAUGUUAUUUGUGAUGGUGGAGUUGUGAUCAUGUAUGAUAUGUCUUUAAAUGUACUGGCUUUUGAAACUAGAUUAUGUGUGAAUCACAAAAAAGACAGGCAACAAAAGGUAAAAGUACUGCAGGUAGCAAAAUUCAUGAUAACAAUGAUGAUGAGGAGGAAUCUGCUGCCUUGCAGUUGGAAGGGAAGGUGUCACUAGGAGAUUUAAUAUGGGUCCAACUCCACGGAAACUCCUGGUGGCCAGCACUGGUUGUUGAUGAUAACAGUGUUAGUGCGAGCUGUAAACCAGGAAAUAAAUCAGAGGGGGGAAGUUGCUGUGCAGCUGUAUGGAGCUAUGAGUAGUCAUUUCUCUCUAUCCUCUCUUAACUGUCGUUUUUCUUAAAGGGAAAGUUUAGAGAGCUUUGUUAUGGAUUUUAUGAGUUUUAUAAACUUGUAAGGAUUUAAAAUGUGUCGAUAAAACCAUGCAAGGAUUGAAGUGUCUUAUAUGUCCCCUGCAGCUUACGUUCAGACCUUAUGAAAUAUUAUUCUGAGUUUAAAAUGGUAAAUUUUUGAUCCUGUACUUCCAUCUUUGUGGUUCAACCACUCAUGUGCAUUAUUAUACUGCAUGGUUAUUGCGUUCAAAGUGAUUAUCUUGAAAUGCUGUCUCUAUACUGACAUAUUCUAGGACAGAAUAAUGGUAGUUUGUAAGAGAUUUUUUGCAAAGCUUUGGAGCAGGUAAUAAGUUUCUUCCUCUCUCCCCUACCUCGUUUUUCCCUUUCAUUUUGGAUCGUUUUGAAGCAGAUUCUUAUUUGGGCAGACCUGCUUGUCAUAGUUAGCAAAUUACUCCUAAAGAUUGUAAUUUAUGGUUCUCCCAUCAUUUUGGAUAUGGCUUUAGGAUUGCCUUGGUUAUCCGGAAAGAACAAUGUAGAAGCGAACAACAGAGCCUUUGAAGCAUUGCUUUUAUUUUUGUCACAUGAAUUGCAAUGAGAUUGACUUGAUUAAAGUGAAACCUUCUGGGCACCUCAAUUAGUACUGUUGUAGUCCCAUGUAACUUAGCUAGUGUUUCUUCACAUUUGUGCAAUUCUUGGUUGAUAACAACCGUCUAGGAACUUAUGACUUCAGAGGACUGAUAUCUAUCUCCUUGCUCUCCCGCCAAAUUAAAAAAAGAGUCGAUAACUUUAAAAGAUAAGCAUGCCCUUUCUUUUAUAGAAUAAUCAUAAAGCUACUACCCUCUAGAGUCUAGAUUCAUGAUGAAAUCUGCAUGUUAUGAAGAUACGCACACUGAGCUGUGUUUCUCAGACCUUUCAUUAUAUAUAUAGGAUUGCCAUAUUCAAAUCGAGUUUGUGUGGUAACGAUGUUUUC